CAGGGGGCGCAGGAAAUUCUGUCGAGGGAGAAAGAACCCCUGAGAUUUGGAAGCGGCGAGUAGACUACUAAAGGGGGGGGGCUAGGAAGGAGGUGUGUUGGGGGGCACACGUUGGGGCUUCUCGUUAAGACGAAGCCAUUGUGGAGCAUAAAUGUAUCUGGUGAAGAAAAAUCUGCACAGGGAAAUAUAACGUGGAACCUCUAAAGAGCCACUGAGAAAGAGUUUGGCACUGUGGUGGCGUAAAAUUCACCGGAGAACAACAACAACAAAUUUUCCUGGUCAAUCCUACUUUACUCAGGAAAGUAAUUGCAUCUGUUGGAGCUUAUUUCCAGGUAAGUGUAUAUAGGAUUGCAGCAGAGUAACUAGGAUUUCCUUCUGCAUAUACCUGCAUCAAAUUGUACUGACUGUGAUAACAUAAAUACAAAAUGCUAGUUGUGUAGUUGAUCAUAAUUGGGAAUUUUGCAAUAUUCAUUUAGUAAUUGUUCAUACUGGGGAAAUGUGUUUCUGCUUAGCGGCAGUACUGCAUUUCUGAAAUCAUAGCAAAAAUCAGGUUGGGUUAUCAGAGCACUGUAGCAAUGUCUCUAAAUACUGAAAAUGUCUGCCUAGUUUAGGGUGCUGUGAAUUUAAUUCUAAUCCAUCUGAAAUGGACUGGAUGUUGUGCUUUGAUUCUGCCCACUAUCACCGUGCUUUAAGGCAUUUCUGCAUUUCCUUCUCUUAAGGCUCAAAACCAAAAUAAAAAUAAAAAUGGGGAGAGAUAGUGAAUGCAGGAAUAAACCACAAAGGAAAAGUUAUCAAAGCGCCAAAAAUAUUCCAUUGUUGUCUGAGGUGUUUUGGAAACAAGAAGUUCAAUCAUCAGGGCAAUCUACAAAUAUAGCAAAACAUAUAUCUAAGUAAUAUUUUGAAACUAAACCUAUUUACUUUUAUAUGAAUAAAUGAAUAAAUCUUUUUCCACUCAGUUUUGCACUGGAACAAGCAGUUGGGCUUUAUACUUCACUGUUAAUAUUACCUUAAUAUAUCUCACAAACAUUUACAUACAAACCACUUAUCAUAAAAAUAAUAAGAUCUGGUUGAAGUGCACAUGUUUGCCAUGAAGGUGGUUAUUGUUGGUAUUCCACAUUUCAGCUGAGAAGAUUCUUAGGAUGGUAUAUUCAAAUAUACAAAACAUUGCAACAGCCAUAAGGCCAGCCAUGUAAAACAAAUAUUGAAACGUGACCAUAAGUGUUAGAGAUAUCUGAAACUGUUAUGCUGGUGGAAGUAAAAUACUAUGCAAGCCGUUUCAUUCAAAUGUUUUAAAGUACUGUGACGUGCCCUUUUCUUUCUCAACUGCAGAUGGAAGCAGGAGUUGGAUUUAAGCUUCUUCAGUUAGUUUAGGUUCCCAGUUAUAAUUCUGUGAAAGUUAGCCUCUCCGUAACAAACCUGAGCCGUGUGUGGAACUGGAGCACCUGAUAGAGCAGUGAUAACACCAUGGAAAUCAGUUUACUGAAGACUGCAAUGGAACGAUUUGACGUGAAGCCACCUCCCUCCCGGAGCCGUUCUAAAACCGCUUUGUAUGUGACUCCUCAGGAUCGCGUUACGGAAUUUGGCAGUGAACUGUAUGAAGACGGGGGGAAACUGUACUGCACAUUCUGCAAUGUGGUCCUGAAUCAUGUUCGCAAGUCCGCCAUCAAUGACCAUCUCAAAUCCAAAACGCACACCAAACGCAAGGGGGAGUUUGAGGAGCAAACCGUCAGGAAGAAACCGCGAACUCUGACUGCCUCUUUGCAGUGCAACAGCGCAGCCCCGACAGAGAAGCCCGGUGUUGUCCAGGACUUUGUAAAAAUGUUUCUGGAAGCUAGCAUUCCCCUCGAGAAGGCUGAUCACCCAGCUGUGCGAGCUUUCCUCUCUCGCCACGUGAAGAAUGGGAACUCCAUACCCAAGGCAGACCAGCUAAGAAAAACCUACUUGCCUGAUGGGUAUUCACACCAGCUUCUCAAGUCUGAAGACCACUGAGUGGAGGAGGCCACUUGGUUCUAAGUGUGGAGUAUUAACAGUUGCAUAGCAGUGACGUGGUUUAUUUUUAUAUUCAUGCACAUGCAAUGUUACGUAAUGGUUUUUGUAUUGUAAAAUGACAAUCUACUGCAAAACGCAACAGUGUGCAACAAAUUGUUGGUGACUCUAGUAUUACAAGAGUUUGGAUCUAAAAUGUUGUUGAGCUCCUUGAGAAAGGGGGUGGGAGUGGGGGGAAAUGGCAGAAAGGUGCCAUGUUGCUGAGUUUGUACAGUCCAGUGCUAAAUCAUUAUUGUAGAAAAAUUCCUUUGCUCGCUUUUCAUCCUCCUGCAUUACCUGAUAAUUGCAAAUGAUCAAAUUAGGCAUGGUCAAACUCAAUAGUCUAAUUUCUGGCUUUAACAUGUAUUCAUAUGUGCCCAAUAUGCGUGCCCCUUAUUUUCAGCAUAAAUUUAUCUCCAGCAUAGCUAUACUUAGUGAUGCCACAGCAAUCCUGCAGGCUUGAUUUCCAAUGCAAAUGUUUCCGUUUUUCUGGUUUGCGCUAUUAUCCUGAACCCACUUUCUGUCUCGUUCUAUGUGAUUUACAUUCUGUUGGAUGGAGAAGUUUUAACUGGUGGCUGGAUGUGCAAACUCUUGCCUAGCUGUUGAGGGUUGAAAGGAUGUAGAUGUGCAUCCCAUUGAAAGCAAAGAGUAGCAUCUACUGUUCGAUUCUCAUUCUGCUGAGCAUCCCUUUUGCGUACACAGUCCCGAAAGCAUGAAUAUACGACAUACUCCACAGAAUUAAAGUGGCAGUUUCCCCACAUCCCUAUUAUACUACAGAUCAGAGGAAAGCUACAGGACUGUUAGAGUAAAGUUACACAGUCAGCUGCCUGUAGAUGGCAAUGUUUUGCAAAUAAUGGAUAUAAAGAGAAGUUGUCUAAUGUGCAUUUCCAUUUCUCCCUGUUUAAUUUCAAAGCUGGCUCAAAAAGGUGUUUUUUUUUUAAUCUACGUGAAUAUCUCAUGUUUUUGAACUUUGCACAGUUUAGGUCUGUGUAAUACGAACUCCUAGAGCUACUGAUACCUUUUGCUUCACUGUCUGUUCUUUUUUUAAUGAAAUGUUUUCCAAGGAACAAAGCAUCAUUAGGAAUUUGUAAUUCAUGACUAAAAUAUUUCUUCAUGCAUUAGCUAACAGUAAUUCCUGAUCCCACCACAGUUAAGCACUUUUGGUUCCCAUUUAUUAGAAUGGGAGAGUUUGCCAUAACUGUCUUUCCUAUUGCUUGAGCUUUUAAAUGCAUAACUUUUAAAAGCAUCAUGCCCCAGACAUUUUACUUUUUCUUGGUGGAAUUGCAAAGGAAACAAAGUAGCUGUUUCUGGCCUGUUUUUAUUAUUAUUAUUAAUUAGCAUGCAAAUCCCAAAAUCAAAUAGAAAAGAAUGCGAAACUUCACCAUAGACAUCUGGUUGGAAUCAAAUGAUGGGUCCAUUUCUUUCCCCACACUUUCCCCUCCUUUCUUGCACAAACAGAUAAGAGAGCAGAAUAAGCAGUUUAAGGAACAUGCAGAUCCACUGGAUGGUUUUGACGUAGUCACACAGGCAAUAUUGCGUUGAAAAGUUGCAUAGAGUUUGCAGAGGAAGUGGGUGUUCACCAGUGUAGACCCAUUUAAAUCAAUUGACCCAAGUUACUCUAGUAGGCAUAUAGUCUUUACGUUGGAGAUUACCCAGGAUCUGCAAUGCCAUGUUGAGCUUGGAAUUGGUGAAUAUAGCCCAGGAUCUGGUCUGCUUGGCUUAUGAAAAACACUAUUAUCCAUAUUUAAUCCAUUUUUUUGCUCUCAUGUUUGUAUGAAAUUGCAUAGGUUUCAUCUAUUAUAGGUUUCCAUAUAUUUGGGGAGGAGCUUCUGCGUGUACCCCACCCCACCUGCCUUUUCCCUUUUCUGUUUUCCUCCUGCCACUGCAGUUGUUGCCAAAGUACUCUGAUAUUUUGUUUAAAGAAUCCAAUAGAACCCCACGUAUUGCUCCUAAUGUUACAUCUGCAGCAUGGAGGAGAACAUUGGGAUUUUCUUUCUUGGGCUGAACCUAAUCAGCCCUAAGCUUAAUUAACUCGUAGCUGAACAAAGGAGCACAGCCUUAAUAUUCAGUUCCAGAAUAAAAAACAGUUACUGGCACACAGAAUGUGUGUUCCAGUAUAGACUUCCUGCACAAUAGUUCUCUUAUGCAGAGGUGCAGUACUCUAGUGCAGCAUUAAAAAGAAAUGUGUUACUCUGUUGGACUGGUGACACUGGUGCAUCAGUUUCAUAGGCAGGCCAUCGUCAAGUUUUACGAUUAGAUCAGCUUCCUUGCCUAUGAAGAAAGCUCAUAAUAAUGAAUUGGGAGUAGAAAAAUGUCCUGUUUGGGUCCAUAGCAGAUAUUCUGUUGAAAAUGUUUCUCAUUUAAUUUCAGAUACCUUAUAUUUUUUAAAAAGAAACAUUGCUCAGUAAUCCACCUUGGUCGGAGAGGACUGCUGGAGCAAGUGGGUAGUUCUCUUAAAAAAACAAACAAACCUGAUUUCAUUUCAUUUCAUUUUGCUUAUCUACUAAUUCUAGUGAAUUAGUAAAUAGGAGACCUUAAUGCUGUGCCAUUAAUAUAUGUGUACUUCAUUUCCAGGCUUCCUUAUAUGAUGUCAGAAAGGGAGUAGGUACCUGUUGUGCAUGGCAGUGGGAAAUGCAUGUGCUGUACUCCUAGGAUAUUUGUAUUGCUUUGGUUCUUCUAUUUGUAGAGCACAAGGAAAUGCUAGCAAAGAGAGGGGGGCGGUAUGUGUGCAUUUCCACCCUUUCAAUUAAUGUACAGAGUGGUGAUCCAUGAAUUGCCUUGUCCUUCUGAAACUUAGUAUCUCACCACAAAAUACAUUAACUACCCCUGUCCUAACUUGGCUCCCUCAAGAUGUUGUUGGGUUCCAACUUCCACCAACCCUUAAUGGUUUAAGGUUCAGAGAUUAUGGGAGUUGUAGUCCACCAACAUUUACCGGUAGUUGGCUAUCAUUCGGUUUAACAGUUCUUGUUUGGCCCAUUACAUUUUAAGUGAAAAGACUGUGCAUAAGUGUGCUAUGUAGAAGAAUGGAAGCUGCACCAUGAUGCCAUUAAUCCAGGUGACUGGUACAAAUCAUGGAAAGAAGUAACAUUAGAUUCCUUUUCUUUAGGAUAUUAAAUCACUAUUUUGACCGUACCAAUGAAAAUAAUUGUUGAAAGCCAGACUUCUGUAAGCAUAAAAUGGAUAGUUUACCUUUGCACACGUUAUUUUCAUGUUAUUUGUGCAUGUAGAACUUUGAACUGAAAUAAGUAACUAGUAGCAACCUAGCCAAAGGAAUAUGUUUUACAGAUUGGUCUGAGUAGUUGCCUAAAAAUGAUUUGGCUUUUGAAUAGCUAUUGAAAGCCACAGUCCUGUACAUGCGUACUUCAACAUAAGUCAUGUUGAAUUCAUGGGACUUGCUUCCAAGUAUAGGAUUUGGCUGCUCAUAUGUUGUCAAUUGACAUAGAGCAGAAACUUGAAAUCCAUCAUUUUGUUGUUGUUCUAGACUCCAUUGAAUACAAUACUUCUUUUGUGAGACAGAAAUGUUUCUAAGCUUUCUUAAUGCUAAAAGGAGUAUCUGGUUGAGAAAGAGCAUACGUUUACUGAAGCAUCCUUCACAAUCAGAUGUUAACAUGUUGUACAAACCAUCCAGAUUGGGUUGGAGAUGGAGGGUGCUAAUAAUGGGUUGAAUCCAGGCCGAAAGCUCAAUCCUAUCCAUGUCUACUCAGAAGUGAGUCCCUUUGGACUUACUCUCAAGUAAGUGUGCAUUAGAGUACAACCUAAAUUAGUUGCAUUUAGUUCCUAUUGAGGUUAAUGGAACUUAGGUCAUGAUUAACUUUUCACACUUAACUCAGUGGAGCAAUAUAUUGAGUAGAAAUGCAUUGGAUUGCCCUGUAAGUAUGAAUCCAAACCAAGGUGUUACUGUUCUUCAUAUAGUUGUCAAGACAUACCUAAUUGUCUUUUGAAAACUGGCUCCCACAAAAUUUCAAAACCUGCAUUUUUAUGAAGUUAAAAGUUCAGGGUUUUAUAUUGAUUGUUAUAAUGGAUUGAGAAAACUUUUGAC